AUGCUGCCCCCUCCGUUCCCCGCCUUGUUGCCUCUACAUCACGUACCAACAGAGGCUGUUUCCACUCCUUUUCACUGCCCCCCCUCCUCCCAACCCACCCCCCCGCCUUCUCUCCCUCUAUUCAUCCUUGCAGCUCGAGGGGUGAACAUAUCGUUGAACUCGCCUCUCUCCUUCCUCCCUCUGUACCCCGGAGACAAGGAGGAGAACCACGAUCCGUCCAACCUGAACGGAGGGCAUAUCACCAUUGCUCAUGAGAUCAGAAAGAUGUUAUUGGUGUCUAGCAACACGGCCUACAACAGGCUCUAUGCCUUGAUAGGACAAAGGCGUCUGAAUGAGGCCAUGCACUCCGUGGGUCUCUGUUCCGCCCACCUCUCCCACCGCCUCUCCAUCCCCCUCUCUCCUCUCGACAACCGGCGCUGCGAACCCGUGCUAGUGGGCGUGGAAGGAAAUGCAUCCGCCUUCUGCUUACCUCCCAAGUGCAGCAGUCAUGAGCUGCCUCCGGUGGAAGGAGUGGAGGGGUUGCUGAUUGGGAGUGCUUAUAUUGAUGACAAUGGCACCAAGCCAAUCGGGUUGGACGAGGGUCACAGGCUGCUGCUGCUGGAGGCCAUGAGGCAGUACCCACGGGAGUCCCACAACCCCAGAUAUGCCGACAAGAAGUACACGGAUGAUUACUGCAAGGUGCGAUGUGGUGCGAUGGGGUGUGAAGCAGUGUGGUGGGGUGUGGUGCGGUUCGACGAGUUUUUUCUGCCCGGAUUGUGCCGAGUGCGGCCAAAGGAAUCUCUGCACGUCUACAACAAGAUUGGGCAGGCGUUUGGCUUCACUAUUGAUAAUGCAUAUAUUCUCGAUAUAGAGACAGGGAGGGAGUUCUUCCUCUCUCUUGCUCUCUACACCAAUGAAAACGGCUGCCUGAACGACGAUAAGUAUGAGUAUGACCUGGCGUAUGACGUGGCAGCUGACGUGGCAGAGGCCAUUGCCAGGGCCCUGUGGGAUGAUAACAGCAAGGCUCAAGACCAGGAUGACAUGGCAGCUAAGGUGGUCCCUGGUGCGUCCGAUGAUGCAUCAUCUGAUCUGGCAGCUGAUGUGGCAACUGACGUGGCAACUGACUCAUCAGCUGACGUGCCAGCUGAUGUGACAGCCGAUGUGACAGCCGAUGUCGUAGCUGAUGUCGCAGCUGAUGUGGCUGCUACUGCAUCAGAGACAAAAACUUUGAAGGAGGAGCAUCUUUCUCCCUCCCUGGCAUCCAUAUCGCUCGGAGCCUCUGAUGCUUUUCAAGUUUCAAAUGUGCCAUCCUCCUGUUGUUUUGAACCGCCUCAAAAGAGUAUUCCUGACGCUGUGGCCUGUCUGCCAUCAACGCCAUCCACCGAUUCCUCUCAAAGUUCUGAUGCACCAGGCUCAACUGUCAACGCAGAGAGCCUCAGCAACAAGACCCUGCUCCCUGUAUACACGUUCUUCGUUGAUGAAUGA